AUGAGUGCAUACAGCUCUCCAUAGAAAUUGAGUAUGGCUCCUCUGCAGAAGGCCAUGACUAAUCCACGACCUUUUAAAAGAUUCAAGGAUCCGAUGUCAGCAAAUAGUGGCAUGAACCCUCAUGGAGGUCUUAUUGAAUUCAUAAAAAAAGAUCCCACUACAAAUAUUGAUGUUCACAGAGAUCAGAGACCUUCACCUCCUGAUAUCUCUCAUAUGUCGACGAAAUGGGCAGUUGGAACAUAGAAGAGAACCUAUUCCAAAGUAAAUGAAUAAGGCAUAAUUGAUAGAUCAUCAUUCGAAUAUAAGACUUUUCCCAGAAAUCCAACUGAUAACAUCAGUUUUGAUCCUCCUGCAAAUGAUCGUCCAUUCCAAAAAGUUUAUGAUGAAAUGAUAACAAAAUCUAAGUAUAACAUUAAUGUCCCUAGCUCAAAACCUUGGAUCCCGCCAACUCACGAAGGCAAGACUAUUAACAAUAGAAGCAGUGUGCCACACAAUAUUAUCAGUCACGAGGCUAAUUCACAUUCGUCAGUGCUGGUGCUUGGACUCUUAGAUAAAAGAGUUGCAAAUAUGAAAAAAGGCAUAGGUUAAUACACUGACUUGAAUAGGCUAACUGCAGUUAACUCUAAUGUUGAUCAUGUUAAUUCAUACGUUGACAACCCCCAUAUAUUUAAAAGAAAAGUGGGUGUGUUUACUCAUUUAUAUGAUGCUGCUCAUAGAUUUGGAGAAGAUAAGCCCUUCAAACACUGA